AUGGACAGCUUCAACUACUCCAAUCGCCUGGUGCAUCAGCCAUACACCGAGUCCUUUGGCUCACCGGUACUACUUUGCUCAAGUCCUGACAAUCAAAUCAUCGACCACUGUUAUCCGGAAGAAUACCAACCUAUGUUCAACACUUGUCAAUCACCUCUGUUCCGUCCUAUGCAACCCAUCCUUCCCACUCAACACGAACAUCUUUCAGGACAAUGCACGCCAACAUGGCCAGAGUCAUAUCCCUAUCAACCGGUCUUCAUGGACUACAAGGACCCCUACAACUUCGGUGUCGUCCGCUCCAGCCCUUCUCUCCUUCCCUCCAUCGAGCAAACAGUCCUGAGCCGACCGGUCUCAAGAGCACCUUCAUUCAGAUCUGACACAAGCUCAUCGUGGAUGAGCUGCCCGAGGAGCAACCCAUCUCGCUCCUCAUCGCCCAACGCAGGAGAGAUGUCCAAGUACGGAGCUCCUAGCGAGGAUGGCACCUGGAGAUGUGCUUUCCCCGGUUGCACAUCAAAGUCAGUCUUCAGAAGAGGAUGCGACCUGCGCAAGCAUUACCGCAGACACACAAAGACACUAUUCUGCCGCCAUAUCGGCUGUCGAUCUGCUAGCGAAGGAGGCUUCUCAAGCGAGAAAGACCGAGCACGCCAUGAGGCUAAGCAUGAUCCUAAGAUCGUUUGCGAGUGGGACGGCUGCAGUAGAGUCUUUAGCAGAGUGGACAAUAUGAGAGAUCAUGUUCGCCGCAUUCACCGCCGCAAGCUCGUCAAAUGA